ACUAGAUAGGGGAGGGGACAGUGAGUGUUUGCAUAAGGUUUUAGUUUCAUUUCUGCUAAAACGCAAUUCAGUUGUUUCUAUCAACUGACGCAGCUCUCUGGACCUUUGGUCUCAUCUGACCAAACCAAACAAAAUCAUCUGCUAUGACUUAAACAUCACAAAAGAAGAUUGUCUUUUCCAGUCUAGAAAUUACAUUACAACAACCAUUUUCACAUCAGUCGUCAGGGUUUGUUAACUAACACCAUGGGUACCAUCUUGAUCUUCCUCGUUCUGUCCCUUCUAUUCGCCAGCGUUGUGUUUGGUGAUGAAGUGAAGUCAGUGUCUGUGACUGAGGGACAUUCUGUUACUCUACACACUGAUGUCAUCAAACAGAAAGAUGAUCUGAUUAUGUGGUAUUAUGGGCCUGAAAACACAUUUGUCGCAAGACUCAAUGGAAAGGCCAGUAGCACCAUGUAUUCAGAUGAUGAGAGAUUCAGAGACAAACUGAAGAUGAACAAUCAGACUGGAGAUCUCAUCAUCACUCACAUCACAUCUCAACAUUCUGGACUCUACACACGGAAGAUCAUCAACAAUAAUAAAGCUUCAGUCAAAAGAUAUAAUCUUAUCGUCUAUGGUGAAGCGAAGUCCGUGUCAGUGACGGAAGGACAUUCUGUGAUUCUGUAUAAUCAUGUUCUUAAAGACAGUCGUGAUCUGAUAGAGUGGCAUUAUGGACCUGAAAACACACAUGUUGCAACAAUCGAUGGAAAGGCCAACAGGAUCAUGUUCUCUGAUGAUGAGAGAUUCAGAAACAGAGUGAAGAUGGAUGAUCGGACCGGAGCUCUCAUGAUCAAUGACACCACAACUCAUCACUCUGGACUUUAUAAGAUCAGCACCAAUAAUAAAGCUUCAGUCAAAAGAUAUAAUCUUACCGUCAAUGGUGAAGCGAAGUCAGUGUCAGUGAGAGAAGGACAUUCUGUUAUUCUGUACACUCAUGUUCUGAAACAGAGUCAUGAUCUGAUAGAGUGGCAUUAUGGACCUGAAAACACACUUGUUGCAAUAUUCGAUGGAAAGGCCGGUACAACCAGAUUAUGCGAUGAUGAGAAAUUCAGAGACAGACUGAAGCUGGAUGAUCAGACCGGAGAUCUCGUGAUCAAUGACUUUAGAAAUCAUCACUGUGGACUUUAUAAGAUCAGCAUCAACAAAGUCUCAAACAAGACAUUUGAAGUAUCUAUUUGUGAUGUCCCUGUCCUGUGGCUCUGUGUGCUUCCAGUCGUAGUCCUACUUCUUCUGAUCUGUGUCUGUAUACUCAUAAAGAGAAAAUUCCUCACAUGCUCUGACAGAUGGCAAAAGAAGCAUGAAUUCCGGCACCACGCUUAAUGCAGGAGUUUCAAGGUUCCUGUAAGAGUGAUGCAGGAACGGAGAAAUGAGAAGUCUUCACGGGUGGGCAGAUUGACCCUAAUAUUGAUACUAUUGAUACCAACGUUGGUUAUGGUAUUGGAUUGAUAUUCUGUCGCGAUCGAUAUUUCAGUUUGAAUCUCUCUAAUUGUCCCUAAAGUACACUACAAAAAAUCACUUUCUUACUUACUAUUUGCGUCUUGUUAUCUAGUACAAACAUCUCAAAAGUCUUGAAUCAAGAUGCAUUUCCUUCAUGAACAAAAUGACCUAUGCAAAAAAUCUGCCAAUAGGGGUAAGAAAAAUAAUCUUCAAUUAAGGUUGACCUUCUUAUUAGUCACUCAAUUCAAGAUUAUUUUUUCUUACCCCAUUGGCAUUUUUUUGCUCAUUCUAAACAAAUAUUCACAGAAAUUUCAUAUUUUUUGUCUUAAAUCAAGAUCUUCUGAGGUCAUUUUGCUCAUCAAAAACAUGCAUUUUGUUUAAAAGGAGUCAUUUGCCGGAAGUAUGUGUUUUUCUUUGUCUUUGGUGUGUUAUAAGUUGCCCAUGCAUGUAUUAGACACGUGUAUUUUAUAUCGAAGCGAAUGCUCACCCAGACCUGCCUGUAACGCCCUGUGUAACCACACCCCCACAAUUUGACGUCAGCUCGUGGAGAGAUUUAACUAAAACGGCCCAAAUCUACACGCAAGUAUGUGGGUGGUCUUUGUUAAUCUUAUUGUACCGCCACAUGAGCAGUCAUGUCGUGGAGACAUGUAUUAAUAGAUGACAGUUUUUUGACAAUUCCACGUAUUCCUGUGAGACUGGGUUGCACAGUCUGUGAAAAAGAUAAAUUGUUAACGGAGCUCACGACAAGAAAAGUACAACGGUAUUAACAAAUUGAACGCAUGGUGCACGGGUGAACUCGUGUUGAGAGUUAAAUAUGAUCUAUGUUUUGAGUCAUUCAUCAUAAUAAUAUAUUUUGGCGAUACUGGUCCUGUGUUUCCUUGCUUUUAGAUUGAUACAGCAGAGCAGAGGAGGAUACUUUAGUGCAGAUUAGAGAGCUGAAAAAUGAAAUAUCGCCACGAUACCAAUACCAAUGAUGUUAUCAAUAGUAUCGUAAAAAUUAUGUACAUUUUUAACAAUACAAAAAACAUAUCUUUGUUUGUUUACUUCUCAUAUUUACAUGAAUGCUGUGUUCAACCAUACCAUUAGUAGCAUUAUACCAUGAAUGUUUUUGUUUAAUGAAAAAAAUACUUGAUUAAUGUAGUUUAAGUUGUUUCUUGAUAUUGAUCUAGGUCAUAGAUGUAGACUUCUGCCAUCUGGUGGUUAGAGAUAAACCUGUAAGAAUUACAGUAAUAAAAAUAGAGUGUUUUGACCAGCAGAGGGCCAUAGAGGACCAUUGAUUUUACUUGAUGUGGCCUAAUAGGCCUUGGAGAUCAAAUCACUCCAUCUAAAGCGACAAACUAAAGCAGUUGGGUGUUUUAUUACCAAGGCUCAAGGGAAUGAAUUGUUGGAACAAGAAAAAUAAAUACAAUAAUAAAUUCUACUGAAGUCUUGGUUGAACAACAAGAAAAAGUUUGAAAAAACAGCAUAUGCGGAUAUGUUUUGAUACUGGUUGAAAGGAGUGGUUCACUUUCAAAAUAAAUGUUCAUUAUCAUUUACUCACCCUCAUGUCAUCCAAGAUGUUUACUUUUUUGUUUCUUUAGUGGAAAAGAAAUGAAGGUUUUCGUUGAAAACAUU